AUGACGAACGUGACUGUGACUCCGAAAGUUAUUCACUGAAUGACGCGGCGCUAGCUUGUUUUAGUCUCCAAUUCGCGCUUCCUUCCCCCCACUACAAUCACCUGUUGAAUAUGUAUGUGUGUGUGUACUUAUGUAUAUCUGAAUAUGACGCGAUCAGUAGGCAUAAUUGCAAAAGUAUGGACGAGGAUUUUGGUUCUAAUUCCAUUGCUUGAUUGAAAUUUUAUAUUAUUUUCUUUAUACGUAUGUAUUAUUAUUAUAAUAUUAUUACUUUUAUUUCAACUAAAUUCAUAUUUAUAUAAAUGUUAGUACAGCACAAUAGUAAUUUUGAAACUAUUAAUAUUUAAAAGAUAAUGUAUUUUAUAAUUAAACAUUUGCAGUAAUUGUAUGCGUUUUAACUUGGUAUUAUUUUAAUAUGUGGUUCCGCUACCUUUGUAAACUGACUUAUAAGUCAACAAAGAUUAAAAUUAGUUGAUAUUUUAGAAUAUAGGAGAACAAUAUAAUUAGUUGAUAUUUAAUUUCACCAAAGCAUACAUUUACAAAGCAAAAUUUAGUAUUGAGAUUAAUAUAUACUUUUGUUAUGUAUUGCAUAAUCUUGUAUGUACAGAAAUUGUACAAAGAAUAAAAAUUUGUUGCAUAACAUAGGAAGUAGACUGUUAUUAACAUUUAUAUUAUCUUGAUAUUUGUUAAGUAUUUAACAUCUUUACAUGCAUGUGUAUUAAUUAUAAUUUUGUAAUUUUAUUUAAAUGCUAUUGGAAGACUUGUAUUUAUUAAAUACUUUAGUUAAAAAUUUUACAUAUUAUCAAAACUAGCAAUUACCAAUGACAUAUUCACUGCGUGAACUUACAUUUAUGUUAAUACAAAUUAUGAUAAUUUUCAAUUUGUAUUGUAAAAAGCUGAAAAAUUAAUAAUUAAUAUACGUAAUAAGAUAUUUAAAUCACAUAGUAAUUUGAAUUUAUAAGCUAUAUGUAUAUACAUAUUAUAUAAAAAUAUUAAGUAGAGAAAACUUUUUCAAGUUGUGUAAUAAUAGUGUAAAAAUAUAUUUGUGUAAGUUAAAUUUAUUAUUCGUAACAAACAAUACCAAUUUCAAUAGAAAAGCUCUGAUCUGAUUUUCCAAUAUCUCUUAAAGCCACAUCUAUUACAGGCAAUCUUACAGGUUUAUCAGUUUGAUAUGAAAUUAUUGUCUUGCCCCAUUCCCCGUUGUAUAUCUAUAAAAAAUAUUGACGUGAAUGCUAUGGUAUGUUGAAAAUUUUUCAAGGUUAACAAAUUCUCAUCUGAAUAAUACUUACUUUACAUUCAUCAAUUAUCAUGUCAUAUCUUAACCGUUGAUUUCCACGUGGCGUUAACUCCACAUCAUUCCAGGUUAAGAAUUUCAUACCUUUUCUGUAUGUCUUUUGUUCAGAAUCAAAAUAGCCUAUGCUAUUUUUACAGUGAUAUGUUAUAUUUUGGUUUGCACGUGUCGAUAGAAGUUGUAAGAAACCAAUUUGAUUACUGUCUGCUUUAUACAUAAUCUGUAUAUUAUGGAUAUUAAAAAUAUAGGACAGUAAGUUCCACAUUGAAUAUAUGUAUGUAAUAACAAUAAAAUAUAUGUAUGUAAUAACAAUAAAAAACGUUACCUUCAUUCCAUCUUCUAUUUCGCUUAACCAAGUUUCUGGUCGAUCAGUAAUAUACUUGAUUUCUGGGGAACGUACUGGACUUGGUAAUAAACAUGUUGCACGUUUCUUAGCAUCACAAUACACUAAAAUUGCAUCUCUUGCAUCACCUUCAUUGGGAUCCACCCAAUAUUCUCCUAUAAUAAAAAAGUAUUUUUAAUACAUGAAUCUAUACCAAAACAAUAAAUUACCGUACGAUCGUGUUAAAUACAUUAUUUUUCAACUUGUGAACUGACCAGAUAGUUUAUCCGGAUAAGCAGUAUAAAGAUCUCUACAAGUUUUGGCCGGUGAAUUUUUUUCACCAUCUGGCCUUAUAAAUUUCUGAAAUGAUGAUUUCAAUUGUUUAUAUGCCUUCGAAAUGAGUUCCUUCCUUUCUUCUUCUGUCAUGUCCUGACUAAAAGUUCUAGGUGGUUCGUCACCAAUUAAUGGAUCUGGUCCCUUAGUUUGACCUUGUCCUAUUCAUAUGACAAUACAAUUGAUUCUAUUGUGUUGAACAAUAUUUCACAAUUUUACUUCUACAUUUACUCAGAAAAUAAGUAAAUAUAAAAGUAAUCGAGAAAAUGAUAAUAAUCACCUAAAAAGGCAGCUAAAGAAGCAGCAUCAUAUCCUAAACCAAGUUCACCAGGUGGACCUGGAGGUCCUGGAGGACCAGGAGGACCAGGUGGUCCAUGACGACCUUCUUCACCUGGAGGACCUUUUGGUCCUGGAUUGCCAGUUAGUCCAAUUAUUCCAGGAUUACCAUCUCGUCCAGGACUACCUCUAGAUCCAGGUUCGCCAUCUUUACCAGGUAAUCCAGGAAGUCCUGGUAUUCCUUUCUCUCCUGGCAGCCCAAUAGGCCCAGGUAGACCUGGUAAACCAUUAAAUCCUCUAUGACCUUUCACACCUUUUUCUCCUUCUUCUCCACGAUCACCUUUAGGACCUUCUAACCCUAUCGGUCCUGGUUUUCCUCUAGGUCCCUAAUUAUAGAAAUAGUAUUAUUUUAUUUUUUUAUUUCAGUUAUUUAAAAAUAAUUAAACUAACUUGUUGCCCUUCUACGCCUAGUGGUCCUGUUUCGCCUUUCGGUCCUCUUUCUCCAGCUGGUCCUGGAGGACCUGCUUGACCAUGUGACCCCUAAUUAUCAAAGCAUUUAUACUUAUAUAAUUGUUUCACAUUAUUACUUUAUAUUUAAUUUACUUUAUAUUUAACUUUCAUUGCAUAUUUGGUUAAUUAUUAAGAUCUAUAAAAAAUAUAAUUGUCAUAUCUUACAGGUAAACCAGGAGGACCGGGCAAUCCUGUCUGUCCUACCGCUCCCGGUGGUCCUUUAUCUCCAGGACGACCUGCUAUUCCAGGUGGUCCAGGUUUACCAGUUGGACCUUCUGCUCCAAUUUCUCCUGGUGGUCCAGGUGGUCCAAUUUGUCCAAUUUGUCCAGGAGGUCCAGGUAAACCUUCCGUUCCAGGUUUCCCAGGUGAACCUGGACUUCCAGUAGGUCCAGGACUCCCAGGUCGUCCUGCUUCUCCAAUAUUACCUUUACUACCUGGUAAUCCAGGUGAACCUGGUGGUCCUGGUGCACCUGUAAUAUUUCCUAAUAAUAGAAUUAAACGUACUGUUGCACCAACGAUUCCCGGUACCCCUGGUGGUCCCAUAAUACCAGGCUCUCCUCUAAUACCUGGUUCACCUCGUACUCCUUUAGCUCCCGUCAAACCAAUUAGACCCUGUGGCCCACCUUGCAAUCCUUGUAAUCCUUGGGGUCCUCUCUCUCCUGGGUUACCAGAAGCACCCACUUCUCCUGGAGGUCCAGGUAAUCCAGGAUCGCCUCGUUCCGCUGGUUCGCCUGGUCCCAUGGGACCAUCAAAUCCUGGAAGACCUGGUGCACCUGAUGCUCCGCGCUCUCCAGUAGGGCCAGGGACACCAAUUGGACCGCGCAUUCCUCUUUUUCCUCGUUUACCUUCGUUUCCAGGAGGUCCAGGCAAACCACGUGGUCCUGGUGUUCCUGUAUCACCUUUACCUCCACUGUCACCUUUAAAUCCUCUUUCACCAGGAAGUCCCUUACUUACCACCGGACCUAUAGGUCCCAUCGGGCCAGGUGUACCCAUGGAUCCUUUCUCGCCAGAUACACCUUGUUCUCCUUUCGCGCCAUCCAAUCCUGGGAAACCUCGAUGUCCUUUCACACCAGGAAGACCAGGCAUUCCUGGCAGGCCUCUAGCACCGGCUGGACCAACCGAUCCUGCAGGACCAGGUUCUCCGUCUUCACCGGUGUUACCCUAA